AUGCAUACUGGAGAGACAGCCUACAAAUGUGCGGACACUGGCAAGACCUAUAGUCAAAUGGAAGAUCUUAGAAUGCUUAAAAGAAUUCAUACUGGAGAGAAAACUACAAAUGAGAAGAAUGUUAACAAUCUUUUAAGGAAAGUCAAGACAGAGUACAUGAAUGAAAACAUACUGGAGAGAACUCCUACAAAUGUAAAAAAUAUGAAAAGUCCUUUACAUGGUUGUCGAGUUUUCAGUUACAUCAGUGAAUACAUGCUGGAGAGAAACACUCCAAAUAUCAAGACUGUGACAAGUCCUUUAAUCAAAUAUGCUAUCAUAGAGUACAUCAUCAAAUGCCUACUGGAGAGAAACCCUACAGUUGUGAAAAAUGUGACAAUGCCUUUAGAAUGUGACAAGUCCUUUACUGACAGCUCAACACUUAGGGAACAUUACAGAAUUCAUACUUGGGAAAAUCCCUACAAACGUGCAGUAUGUGACAAGUCCUUUAAUAAAAAAUCCAGUCUUAGAGCACAUCAACGAAUACAUACUGGAGAGAAACCCUACAACGUGAAAAAUGUGACAAGUUCUUUACUC